GUCGGAUUUGUACAUCCCGCGAGACGCUAGGCGGGAAAACCUAAGGUGAUUUCCUAUGUGGGAUCGCUGAGGGGCAGCCCGGCGUACCACUGCCAUGGACCCAUUCCUGGUGCUGCUGCACUCGCUGUCCGGCAGCCUGUCGGGCAACGAUCUGAUGGAGCUCAAGUUCUUGUGCCGCGAGCGCGUGAGCAAACGAAAGCUGGAGCGCGUGCAGAGUGGCCUGGACCUGUUCACGGUGCUGCUGGAGCAGAACGACUUGGAGCGCGGGCGAACCGGGCUGCUGCGCGAGUUGCUGGCCUCGUUGCGCCGACACGAUCUACUGCAGCGCCUGGACGACUUCGAGGCGGGGACGGCGACCGCUGCGCCCCCGGGGGAGGCAGAUCUGCAGGUGGCAUUUGACAUUGUGUGUGACAAUGUGGGGAGAGACUGGAAAGCACUGGCCCGAGAGCUGAAGGUGUCUGAGGCCAAGAUUGAUGGGAUUGAGGAGAAGUACCCCCGAAGUCUGAGUGAGCGGAUAAGGGAGAGUCUGAAAGUCUGGAAGAAUGCCGAGAAGAAGAACGCCUCGGUGGCCAGACUGGUCAAGGCGCUGCGGACCUGCAGGCUGAAUCUGGUGGCUGACCUGGUGGAAGAAGCCCAGGAAUCUGUGAGCAAGAGUGAGGAUAUGUCCCCAGUGCUAAGGGAUUCAACUGUGUCUUCCUCAGAAACACCCUGACAAGCCUGCAGCUCCUCUCAGGAGUCACUGUGGACUUGUUCACACCAUGAUGUAGCACCAAGUGCCUUUUGUGCCCAGUGCCAAAAAGACCUUGCUGAUUCAGGCCAGGUCCCCUCCCACCAGCUCCUGGAGUAUAUCUGUAUCUACGGAACCUCUGCUCCCUGGGCUUUCGGAACACAUGAAGGUUCCCCGUUGUGUUCUCCACCACUGCUCCUCCCACCCCACCCCCACCCCUAAGAGGUCUCUGGUCUUGCAAGGAGGAAGUUGGAGCUGAUGGCACAUGUGCUGACUGCAGUUUGAGAGCCUUCUUCUUGUUCCUUGGGGGAAGACACCAUCUCAGUUAAGAUCACUUGGCUGCCUUAUAGUUGGCCAAGAGGACAUCUGUCUCACAUCCUUGGAGGCCAUCAGACAGCAGCUCCUGACCCCACCCCCACCCCCAAACAAGUGCAAGACCCCUGUGAGGACUGAUUGUAAAGUUCACUACCAAAAUCACUGGCUCUGUGAAGGACUGUGGUUUAAAGGGUAGCACCUUGCCUCCAUGGUGGUCUGUAAGCAAGUGCCCUGGGCCUACCUACAUAUAGUGGCUCACUCUGAAAUCCUAGCACUUGAGAGUUGAGAACUGCACUUUAUAGCAGCCUGAGCUACAAAUGAGAUGUUCUCCCCAAAACACACAAAAGCGAGUGCCUUUACCUGGAGAUAACUUGUGUCACCAAGAAUUUCUAUUAUAUUAAGAACCCUUCUAACCUCAGAAAUCCCUCCCAUCAGGCUGACUACAGUGUGCUUACAGCCCUGGGUGCUAGUUGUGAGUGGGGUGAUGUGAUUUCCUUCACACCAGCAGGUGCCCUGACUGCCACACUUGGAGCCCAAUAAACCAUUGUCUCAGCUUUCUAACCUUUGGCUGGGUGUGGUAAUGCAUACCUUUGAUCCUAGCUUUUUAGGGAGGUGGAAGCAGGUGGAUCUCUGUGAUCUAUGAGUUCAAGGACAGCCUAGCCUACAUAGAGAACACUAAGUAGAAAGACCAUAUCUCAAAUAAAUAAAAGUUCAUGUCUGGAGAAGAGGAUCCUAGUCACAGGUUCUCCUGACAGAGUCACUGUCCUAACCUAAUGUGGACUUCACAAGUGACCAGCCUGGGGCCUGUGCUCAAACACAGAUCAGUCAUUUCCUGGCACUUAGUUUCUAUGCCCUCAUUUCCUGCUCCCUGCUCCACCUAUCCACCAGACAGCUAACCCCUCAGCACGCUUGAGCUCUCCUCAAUCCCCUUCCCCAUUGUUGGUCCCUCCUGCAUUCCUUGGGUUGCACCCUCCUCCACAGCCUCAAGCCUACCAUGUUCUUCAGCUCAGCAUUGCUCCAUCUGACUGUUCUGCUCAAAUUCUUGGCCAUUGAGGCCUCCUGACUACUCUAGGGACUCAUCCUGUUUUCUCUGAGCCCAUUUCUCACCUCGCUGUAGCCACAAUGCUUUUGACUCCCCGGACUAUGCAUAGGCCUGUAUUAGGUGUCUGGUGGGUGUUCUCUGUCAUUCUCUACCCCUCCCCCUUUCUCCAGUUUGAAGGGUUUUGGUUUAAGACACGGUUUCUUAUAGCCCAGGUGUAACCUAGGUUGGCCUCAAGCUCACAGAGUAACUGAAGUGACCUUGAACUCCUUUCUGAUCAUCCUAUGUGCUAGGAAGCCUGGGCAACCCUACUGAAACUCUUGCUGAUGCCUUUUAACUGUCCUGUGGCAAGUCACAGGUCGAUGGGCUUAGAUGUCACAUUUUUUGUACAGCUCAGGAAUCCAAAAUGGCUCUCCAGAGUUCAGCUCAAAUAUGAGCAAGCUGGUUUCCUUCUAGAUUUAAAAGAAUGUCCCUUCAUUGUGUCACUUGCUGUAUUCCCCUCUUUAAGUGGCAGUAUUGAGUCUCAGUUACUAUUGUUGCAGGGCUUUUGGGCCACCAGAGAAACUUAUCCCUUUGUACAGAGUCCCUUCAACCACGUUGGGGAUUAAAACGUGGUCAUCAUCAGGGUGAGCACCCCACACAUCUCUGCAUCUCCCCAACUUGUGCCCAGUUUUGCCCUGAACACCUCAGCAUCAAUUCCUCCUGCUGCUAAUAAAGGCUUCUCAGAGCUGCACAGCUCACAAGUGA